CUUUAUCGCGUCGGUUUGCGAGUAUUGCAAAAUAAGGUUUUUAAUAGUUUCCUGGUGGCAUAAAUUUUGCGUUGUUUUGAAUAUAAAUCGCGGUGAGAUUGGAUAGUUGGCGUGUGGAUAGUAUGGGCUCGACAAGUUACAUAAGCAAACCGAAGUCGACGGGCUACCGAGUGAAGAGCGGCUCCAGUGCUGGCUCCGACAAGGAGAUGAACGGAAAACUGAAGCGCACUAAGAUCCGGCGUCCAAGUAAAAUGAAUGAGUAUGGCUUGAAGAGGAUACCGGAUUACACGGAGUUGGCUUACAAAGAGGCGGUAUCGAAGUUGCGAUACUUUUUGUCCGGGAACUAUGCGCCAAGCGUCCGCAGCUACGGUGGCUCAGCAUCGGUCAAGAACUUGGACGAGUCUGACGGUGACGUGGACAAGAAGUACCCCAGCUCGUACACGCUGGCCGAGUACAAGCCGCGGCCGAGAUUGACGGCUAAAUACGCCACGUUGUACGCCGACAGUCUCAAUAAUUAUACACCGCCACAUACUGCCACUGCACCAGCUCCAACUACCGCGGCAGCCAGUGGUGGCGACCUGACUGGUGGCACCAACCCUGACGUCAUCAACUUCAUUCAGAAGCAGGAGGAGUAUAUAGAACAGCUGGAACGAGAGAGCCAGUACUGCAGGGAUGAACUAAACAACCUGCUGGGCAAAGUAAAGGAAGUAAUCUCCGAGAAUGAGCACCUACACGAAGCUCAGAAAAACAAGCUCAUCUCUAGAAUGUUCCACUCGUACAACGGCUCCGAGAGUGACGAGCUGGACGAGCUGGGGGACAGCACUGGACUUGACAGUGAUAAUAAGACAACUCCGCUAAAGGCCCGCAAAUCAGCCAAGUCGCGCUCCACCAGAUUGGAAGGUCCUAACAUCGUGUUUGAGUCUCGCAUUGCUGAAUUGGAGGCCCAACUCACUCAGGCCAAGAUCGACCUUAAGAAAGUGCAGGAGGAGAACAAUGAGAACAAGCGCAAGCUGGCCUCCGGGCUGGUUGACUCAACCUGCCUCGACGGCUUCAAGCGCCAAAUUGACAAUCUGCAAAGGGACAAGUCGUCGUUGGAAGCUCAGAUAUCCAAACUGAAGUUGAGCCUGGAACAGCGUGAUGAUGACGGGAGAUACAAGCGAGGGUCUGAUGCUCUGGAACAUCAGCUCAGGGAGGAACGGAAUAAUCUGGACGCUGAAGUGCGCAGACUUAAGGACGAUUUAUCAAAAGAGCGCAACAAAGUCCGCGAGCUAGCGGGCGAGGGCGCUCGACGCGCCAUACAGGAGCGCAGCGCGGCCGAGCAGCGCUACAACGCGCACUUCGACGAGCUGCAGCACGACCUCGCCGCGCAGUACGACAAUGUUGCCAAGCUGCAGUUGGAUUUGGAGCGCCAACGUCGUGAAGAACAUGAGCUGAAGCGAGAACUCUCCAUGAAAAACGCCACCAUCGACGAGCUGAAGAAUGAAUUGAAGACCAAAAUGUCGUCUCUGCAAGCGGAUUUGGCUCAAGCUCACGCUGAGAAGGCGUCUCUGGAGGAAGAGCUGGCGAGCGCUCGACUCGCUAUUGAGAGACAUCAGCGUCAGGCCAAACAUGAAACCAAUCGUCUUAAUUCAGAGAUCCAGUCUCUCCGUCAACGCUUGGACCGCGCCGAUGCAGACCUGGUGCACUCACGUCGCGAGAAUCUGCGUCUCUCCGAACAGAUCUCCAAUCUGGAGAAAGAGCAAACAAUGAAGAACUUGACACCGGUAUCGCCGGAGAAGCACAAGAAAGAGAAAGAGUUAUCCUCGAUGCUGGAGACGAUGGAGAAUAAGCACGCUAAAACGGUGGCUGGGUUGGAGUCCAUGAUACAUUCACAAAACAGUCUGAUGGAGAAACUCACCGGCGAAUGUCGAUCGCUCACUGACAAGCUCGACGACGCAAACCGUAGGCACAAAGCAGAAAGAACACAAUUGCUUUGCAGGAACGUUGAAUUAAUGAGAAAGCUUCGAAACUUAUGGAGUUCCCAUAAGAAAUAUUGCACCACCAUCACACCUUUGCGAAGCUACACUCCUUUGAAACUGGCCACUCUGCAGCGUCAAGUAAACGGACUGUCGCGAUCCAUCCAGACGCCUCACGCACCUAGCCAUUUUCAAGCACAUCCCUCGCACCAGACCUCAGCCGACCGACAUGUACCACAUCCCCCACCCGACAGCGGACGAGACUAUCCCGGAGCUAAGUCCCCCGGACACACCGCACACUCCUCGGACACAACAGUCCGACGAGACGACCGUCACCAAACAGGAAUAGUCGAAGACAACAACACAUUUGAACCACAAGAAGAAAUAAACCACAACCAAGUUGUAGCACAACAAAAUAUUUCUCAAAAUGCUCAUCCUACAGACAGAGGCUACGAAGAAACAACAGAAUAUUUCGAACAGGAAGAGCCAAGAGCUACUACAGAAAGUGAAACUGUGAGGGAAAACCCUAUGGACGUUGAACAACCACAAGAAUUUCCAGCUACGGAUCUCCGCUACGAACAACAUUACCAGGAACCAAAAGAGAAGAUAGAUUAUGAGGGUUUCUUCAAUGAGUACCCGCAACCGGAGAAUGUGGAUCAAAUAUACGCGCAGGAAUAUGAUGACCCAACAACACCUGAUCCGAAGAUGCACUAUGAACCGAGUCAUAAAAAAUAUAAUGCUGGUGAAACAAUUGAUCAUUUUCCUGUUGAAGAGAACUAUGCCACAAAUGAGUAUGCUAAAGAAUAUCUUACUGAAAAUCCGCAAAAUGAUAUCAACGUUCAACAAGAAGGAAAUUAUAAUGCUUCAGAGUAUACACAAGAAUAUCAAGCAUACGAUAACUCGGAACAUGAAAUUUCAAGGAAUGAUAGCAAUAAUUUACAACAAGAUAACAUACCUAGUCAAAGUUAGCAAUUUUAUUAGAAUUACGUUGUCUUCUUUUGUGCAAUAUUUUGUUAUAUAGCUUUUUAGUUUUAUGUAUUUGUGCUAGUUUUUAAAUAUUAAUUGUAGAUACCUAAUGAAGCUUUUGAUGUUAGGCAUGUUAUAGUUACAUAGAAAACAACAAAAAAACUAGAUUUAACUGAUUCAUUAGUAAUUGAAGAACUUAAAUAAAGUUAUUUACGGUUGAAAAGGUUUUACUCUAGUUUAUCAUACAGAGGAUAGUUUUGAAGCAACUAAUAGAAUAAAAAAAACUCCAAAUGAAAAUAGUACUUUAUAAACGCAACGCUUUGAUUAAUGCAAUAAACGGUAAUGAAUAUUUCUUAUCUUAGAAAUGAAAACGAAUACCUACGUAGAAAAUUUAAAAUAUUUGUCUAAUGAUUAAUUAAUUUCUCUUAGUUGCUAGAAAAUUUUCCAUUAAAAUUUCUCUACCAAAUGUAACACCUUUAAAAUAAUAAUUAAAAUUAUUUUUGCUCAAUAUAAUGUUUA